UUCCAGUCCAACAAUACACAGCAGGUUACUGGUGUCGAAAAAGCCAUUUACCAGACACUCCAGAAUAUUGGCACCCUGUUUGAGAAUGAUGCUGUUCCUGACCAGUGGAAUGCGCAAAAGCUGGAUGACUUUCUAAACAUCAUAUACCGCCAGAUUGAAGACAGCAAAUGCGUGAUGAAUAAGUCUGAAGGGACACAAGAUUUCCCUGAAGGUGUUGUUUCACUCAAAGCUUACUUCGAUAUCAUAUCCACAGUUGUGAAAGAAAAGGGUUUUAGUUACUGCGCAUGGGAAAUCAUGAGGAAGGAGAUUCUCCACACUCUCAAGUUCAUAUUGACGCAAAACUCCGACAUCAUGUUAUGA